UGUACUCGUGCACACACAACCAAAACCCUGCAAAUCAGCGAAAAAAUGGCAGCAUCACUGCUUUCAUAUGUGCCGAUCGUCAACCGGCUCAUCCCCCAGGAGGAGCCACUUGAAAUCAAGCUUGAACCAGUCGAAGUGCACAACGUCGAGACGGCGGCGGAGAAGCGGCCUAGGACGCUAAAGCAUCUCCUCCGUGCAAAUCACGUGAACCACGCCAUCGUUUACCACGAACUCGCGUUCAACAACCACAUGCCCCACAUACUCUGCUCGGCUUACAUCCUGGGUGCCGACGUGGCCAAGCUGCAUGAGAUUUAUGACUCCGAGAGCAAGGAGCUCGAGCCGUGGACCGACUCGCCGGCCGAGAUCAUCCAGGACGACUGGAGGGACUUUCUCGGGGAUAGGCGAUACCAGAGGGCCUAUAUUGACUUUUUCGAGGAUAACCUGGCUUUUGAGCAUGGAUAUGACUGGAAGAAAGUCGUGGCCAAGUAUAUGUUUGAGGGAAAGGAGCCACUGGUUAACGGGCUGAUUGGAGGGCUGGCUCAUCCACUAAUCCAUCUCGGCUACGCCUAUGAGAUGGAUAAUCGGGAAAUCGCCAUCGAGGCUCUGGGCAUGACCGCAGUGCAGUAUAACUUUCUACACAAGUACACCGACGACCGCUCCUACACCAGACCAUCGCCCUUUUCCUCGGCGAAUCCCUCUGAGCUGAUCGAGCGGCUGUCUAAAGACGAGCGCUUCGACGGCCUCUUCAGCGAGCGGAGUUUCUCCAACUUUUCUGCCGUCUUCGCGAAGCACGAGGCCCUAAUUCUGGAGUACUGGAACGCGUGGGAAAUACGAGAGGACCCCCUGCGGCAGUUCCGCGAGUCCCAGGAGCUGGCUGUCAACCUGCUCGUGGCCACGGUGCGGCCCGGCACUCACUCGUACAACUUCUUCAUCGCGCAUAUACUGACGAGCAGCCAUGCCGUGAGAGUAUUGCUGCCCUACGUGCCGGCCGAGUUCCAUGUGCGCUUGGUGCGGCAGUGGUGGCUCCUGGCGCUGGCUGUCUACAUCGCGAUGCUUCGGCCCAAGAUUGUAGAGGACGACGUACCCACGACGACCAAGGGGUGGGGAUACGUAGAAGAGCAGGCUGUCACGUCGAGGUGGUCGACUGAUUCCCACUUUGUCAAGGGUAUACGAGCCAUCAGGGAAGCAUCUCGGACUUGGGGAGAUGUUCACAACAGGUAUCUGAACGCGGCGAACCGCGGGCCAUCGACCAGCAGCGAUAGAGCAGCAAAUGCUCCAAUCAACCUCGCAAUGGCGCCGCCCGCGAAGCGACGCAGGCGCAACCUCGUCGAGUCUGACGACGAGGACCAAGAGCCCGUGCAACAGCAGAAACAACAACAGCAGCAGGCUACCACCCCGACGAAAAACAACAGCCUAAAGAACUUCCUCAUCGUCUCCCCGAGCCCAAACUCAAAACCUGCAAGUGACGGCACGACCUCGCCCAGUCCCACCCGAAAACCGACGCGACCUGUAACAACCACCACCACCACCACCACCACGACGGCAGCAACAACAAGGUCGACCAGGAACGGCGCGUCUUCUCUCAGCCAUGGCGCCGCACCGCCAAGCUUCCUCGCGGGUCCUAGGAGUCGCGGGGCCGGCAGCAGGACGUCGACGAAAAGCCCCAGCACGAGCCCGGAGAAGAGAACCAAGAGAGGAGGCAAGGUCGAGGAGAAGGGCAGGACGGCGGAUCUGCUCACCUUGUUCUCCAAGCAGGCACUGCGGGUCAAGACCGAGGGAAAACCCGCCUCGCGUCCGGCGCCCUCGUCGCUACUCCAGGACAUGACGAGCGAUCCGAUAUCGGAGGACGACGAUGACGUGGUGGCGGACCACAAGGCGGCCGUCUCGAGCGUCGUGGGGAGGAAGGCCAGCAAGAGGUUUCGGGACGGCGGCGGGGGCAGCGCCUCAUCGGCUCCGUCCUCGCAACAGCAACAGGCGCCGGCGAGUUCGGCGACCUCGACCACGAGUCAAAUGUUUCGGAAGCCGACGCGGCCAAGCCAGGCGGCCCGUGAGGACGACGAUGAGCUGCGGCCCUGGUCGGAGAGGUUUGGGCCGGUGAACCUGGACGAGCUGGCUGUGCACAAGAGGAAGGUAGCCGACGUCCGGAGAUGGCUGGAAGAUGUCAUGGACGGCCGCAUGCGUCAGCGCCUGCUCAUCCUCAAGGGUGCCGCAGGGUCGGGCAAGACGACCACGUUGAGGCUGCUGGCUCGCGAGCUCAAGUGCGAGGUGCUCGAGUGGAGAAAUCCGACGACUUCGUACGGGGGCGGGCCCGGCCAAGGCUACCAGUCCGCCGCCGCUCAGUUUGAGGAAUUUAUGGGCAGGGGCGGCAAGUUUGGGCAGCUCGACUUUGAGGAGGACGACGACGGCGUGCCCUCGCGAUUACCACCCGGAGGAAGGCGGCAGACGCCGCCAGAGGAGGGAGGACGGAGACUGAUGCUGGUAGAAGAGUUUCCCAACACGUUCAUGCGGUCGUCUUCGGGCCUCACGGCGUUUCGGAGCGCGGUUCUGCAGUUUCUGGCUUCCAACACACCUUCACUCGCCGCAUUUGGAAAACACACACCAAGAGAACAGCAGAUCACGCCCGUUGUCAUGAUCAUUUCGGAAACUUUACUCACUACAACAUCUGCCUCUGCAGAUAGCUUUACGGCACACCGCCUACUCGGCCCGGAAAUACUUAGGCAUCCCGGCACCGGCGUCAUCGAGUUCAACGUCAUAGCGCCGACGAUCUUGGCCAAGGCGCUCGAGUUGGUGGUUCAGAAGGAGGCACGCAAGUCGGGACGAAGGAGAACCCCGGGGCCUCAAGUUCUCAAAAGACUUGGCGAGAUUGGUGACAUCCGAAACGCAAUCUCGUCGCUGGAAUUUCUAUGUUUGAAAGGAGACCAGGAUGCAGACUGGGGCGCCCGGGUGUCCUUUACAAGGUCAAAGAAGGGAGCCAAGGACCUGUCUUUGACCAAGGGGGAGAGGGAGUCUCUGGAGAUGGUCUCUCAAAGAGAAGCAAGCCUCGGGAUCUUUCAUGCCGUGGGUAAGGUGGUCUACAACAAACGGGACGACAUUCCUUACCCCCCGGGGACAGAAGGCUACGAAGCAGAGAGGCUACCGAAUUACAUGUCGCAUUUGUCAAGGCCGAAACAAUCCCUGGUCCAGGUCGACGCCCUGAUGGAUGAGAUGGGCACCGACACAUCGACUUUUAUUUCUGCGAUACACGAAAACUAUGCACUCUCGUGCGAAUCCACGGGGCCAAACGACCCGAACUCGGCGGUGGACUACAUGAACGGCUGUCUGGACAGCUUGUCAGACAGCGACCUCCUUUGCCCUUCGUGGGACAUCUUCUUUGGAGGCAGGGGCCCCAACGGUUCCGGUAGGGACCUCGGCAGCCACGUGCUGCGACAGGACGAGAUGGCAUUUCAGGUAGCCGUACGCGGUGUGUUGUUCUCGCUGCCGUCGCCUGUCAAGCGCCAGUCGGCCGGGGGGAACCCGGCGAGGGCCGGUGGAGACUCGCACAAGAUGUUUUUCCCCACCAGCAUCAAGUUAUGGCGCGCCAAGGAGGAGCUCGAGGGGCUGCUGGACAUGUGGGCAACCAGGAUGCUGAACGGAGAGGACGGGCCUCUCGGAGUCGGCACCGCUUCCAGAGGACAGCAGAGCCUGACCAACGGAGCCACGGCGUUCCGCAGACCCAAGCUGGGGACGCAGAGCACCUCGAGCAGCGUGGGCGACUGGGCGACCAGCAGAGACACGCGGCAGUCGUCGUUUUCGGCGAGGUCGACGGCGGCGACGCAGUCUACCGAGAAGAAGGACGCCGACGGCGGCGCGACGCCGCCCCUGCUGUCGCUGGGAAGCUCGGCCCGCAAGGAGAUGCUCCUCGAGCGGCUGCCGUACAUGGCGCACAUGGCGCGGCGCCGGCGCGGGUCCUUGCCUUCUAUGGGGCUGCGCGACCUGGAAAAAGUGGUCUCGUUCAACGGCAUCGGCAGCUCGUCCCUGGCCGAAGACGAAUCGGCAGCCGAGGACGAGGGCGAGGACGAUGGAGGUGCUAAUCAGCCUGCGGACAGCUGGGCGACAGACAAGCCCACGGACGAGUCCAGCCCCAGGAAGAAGAGGGCCACGGCGGCCAUCAGACCCAAGAAGCGGACCGGGAGCAGCAACGAGGGCAUGCUGCAGCCGAGUGCGCUACAGGUUCAGAAGCUGGUGUUGAGCGACGACGAUAUCGAGGACGACUGA